AUGUUUUUGCCACAUUCUUUACACUUAAUUGCAUCUUUAUUCGAAAGUCUAGUUGUUGCUGAGCAAUGUAAACAAAUAUACUCUCUUUGUUCUUCUCUCUCUGUUAUGACUUGUUCUUGUUAUUGA